AUGAGAGGGGCUAAGCUUCCCCCGGGACCCAAGGGAUGGCCUUUCGUUGGUAACGCAUUUGAGCUGGCUUCAUCCAACCAAAACAGCAUCAUUCAUAUCUUCCGCAGGUGGGCUCAGGAGUAUGGCCCCAUUGCCCAAUUCAGUCUCAUGGGGGCAAAGCAAGUGGUUUUGUCCAACGAGAAGAUUGCGAAUGAGCUAUUCGUCAAGAGGGGAAAUAAGUAUUCGGAUCGCGGAGCCCCCCAUGCGGUGGAAUACAUAUCGAUGAACCAAAGUCCUGGUUUCAGGAACAAGGACGAGGGAUGGCGUCGCCAGAGGAAAUUAUUGCACAGCGCAGUCUCCAUGGCCUCAAUUAAUAAGUACCAAACCCUGAUGGACGAUGAAGCGAGUUUCACCCUUUACGCACUACUCCAAUCGCCGUCAUCAUUUCAUAGUGAGUUUCUGCGAUACGCCUACUCUGUCCUCACUAGCUCGAUGCUGGGGUUCUCAGUUCGCUCGGUUUCGGAUCCAUUUAUCACCGACAAUGAGGACUUCACUGCCGAAAUAAUGAACUCUUUUCGUCCAGAUUGCUUCCCCAGUAAUGUUUUCCCGUUCUUGAGGCAUAUGCCCCACUGGUUAGUCCCCAGCUUGAGAACCAUGGAGAAGCUUAGAAGAGAGUACACGGGGAAAAUGUGGUCGUUUAGGAGAAAGAUCGAGAAAAGCAUUGAAGAUGGGUCAGCAAUGGAGUCUAUUUAUAGGCACUAUCUCUUGAAUCGGGGUGAUUAUGCUGUUACGGACGAAGAGUCAGUUCAUACCUUUCAAGCCAUGAUCGACGGUGGUACACGCUCUCCUCACAACAAUUUGCUCACAUUCCUGUUCUUGAUGAUGGAGUAUCCUGAGUGGCAGAAGAAGCUUCAAAAUGAGGUCGAUCAGGUCGUUGGCAAGGAUAGGAUGCCAAGUUAUAAAGAUAUUCCCAACCUGCCUACAGUCAGAGCAAUAAUGAAGGAGACAAUCCGAUACAGGAGCAUCGUGGCGGAACUUGGAAUAAGCCAUUGCUUGGAAGAGGAUGAUUUUUACGAUGGAUACUUUUUCGAGAAAGGAACAGUGUUUCAUGCAACAUUUGCAUCUAUCCUCAUGGACAAGGAAAUGUACCCAGAUGGGGAGUUAUUUAACCCUGCCCGUUGGCUUGAGCCCAGUUAUCCGACAUAUAAGGAACCUCUAUCUGUGUACCCCAACUGCCAGAGUUUCCCUGCAUUUGGCUAUGGCAGACGAGCGUGUCCGGGCGUCGAUUUUGCGGAACGGAGUCUGGUCAUCCUGAUCGCUAAAUUGGGAUGGGGAGUAAAUAUCCGGUGGCCGCUCGACCAAUAUGGGAAUGAAAUUCGGGAGACACUCGAGUAUGAACCAGUGCCGGCUCCGAGGCCGAUGAAGUUUGGUUGUAAUAUCGAGGCCAGGGACCCAGAGCGGGUGCAGGUUGUCCAGAGGGCGGCCGAGAUAUUGAACGCACGGCAACUCUCGCAAUCCCCUUCACGACGUUCAUAUCGACAUAAUCUAUACAGAGAAGCCUUUAAUAUCUUCUGUGAACUCGCCUUCUACGACGACAAUAUCCCGCUAUGCAAGGAUGCGGCAAAUGUGUGA